AUGAUUUCGAAGAAAAUCUUCGCUCUUCUUCUGUUUGAAUUUGUGGUUUUGAAUUGCUACACUGAGUUUAGAUCUGUCGCUCAACUUUUGCCUGAAGAAGAAGUACGAGCUCUUGAAACGAUAUCCUCAAAGCUACAGAAUAGAUAUUGGAAUGUAAGCCGAAGUUCUUGCAGCUCGGGUGGUUUGAAUGGGACCAUUGCCGGCGGUUUUAUUAGCAAUGUUACUUGCGAUUGCACAUUUAGCGACAAUUCUGUUUGCCAUGUUACAAGAAUCCUGCUAAAGGAAUUUAAUUUGACCGGAGUUCUGCCAGAAGAAUUCUCAAAUCUUAGUUAUCUGCUAGAAUUAGAUCUUAGCCGCAACUAUAUUAGUGGAUCAAUACCCGCGACUUUUGGUCGGCUUAAUCUCACCACUCUGUCCCUUCUAGGAAACCGCAUCAGCGGUUCGAUUCCCCCGGAAAUAGGUGAUAUUGCUACACUUGAGGAGCUGAUUUUGGAAGACAAUCAGCUUGGAGGAACUCUUCAUCAAAACCUGGGAAGUUUGAGACGCUUGAGAAGACUCCUUCUUUCGGCAAACAAUUUCACAGGAGUGAUACCACCCAGCUUUGGCAAUCUUACAAAUUUAAAAGAUUUUAGGAUAGAUGGGAAUGGAUUAAUGGGGAAGAUACCUGAUUUUAUUGGGAACUGGACAGCAAUUGAAAGACUGGACUUGCAAGGCACAUCAAUGGAGGGACCCAUUCCUGCUACCAUUUCCAGAUUGAAAAAUUUAACUGAGUUGAGGAUAUCAGAUUUGAAUGGAUCAAGCAUGCUUUUCCCUGAUUUACAGGACAUGAAAAACAUGGAAAGACUGAUCCUGAGAAAUUGCUUGAUUGUUGGACCUAUACCGGAAUACAUUUGGACAAUGACUGACCUAAAAACUUUAGACCUGAGCUUCAAUGGGUUGACUGGUCAAAUCCCAGCCACAAUUCAGAGUUUGCAACUAAAUCAUGUGUUAUUGUCUAAUAACUCACUAACAGGAGAGGUACCUGGUUGGAUACUGGACAGCAAGCAGUCCGUUGAUGUAUCUUACAACAACUUUACAUUGUCAUCUCCAUCUGGUUGCCAGCCCUCUAGCGUGAAUUUAAUUUCAAGUCAUUCAUCUUCUGUGAGCAACACAAUUGCAUGGUGCUUGAGGAAGGACCUCCCUUGCUCCAGAAAACCCCAGUAUCAUUCCCUAUUUAUCAAUUGUGGGGGAAGCAAAAUGAAAUUUGAGGGUAAUGAAUAUCUAGAGGACUUAACCACGAGAGGAUCAUCAUACUUUUUUGCUUCUGCAGAAAAAUGGGCUUACAGCAGCACUGGGGUGUUUAUGAACAACGACGAUGCUAAUUAUGUUGCAUCAAAUUCUUUUUCAUUGAAUAUGACUGGUGCAGACUUCUAUAAAACAGCCCGCCUUGCCCCUAGUUCACUCAAAUAUUAUGGCCUUUGCUUGAGGAAGGGUAGUUACAGAGUGCACCUCCAUUUUGCUGAAAUACAGUAUUCUGAUGACAACACAUAUAGCAGCCUUGGGAGGCGCAUUUUUGAUGUAUCAAUCCAAGGGAAUGGUGCAUUGUCAGAUGGUGCAGUAAUUGCUGUAAAACAGCUCUCUGCCAAAUCUAAGCAGGGCAACCGCGAAUUUGUCAAUGAGAUAGGAAUGAUUUCUGCUUUGCAGCACCCGAAUCUUGUGAGGCUUUAUGGCUGUUGUAUUGAAGGAAACCAGUUGUUGCUGAUAUACGAAUACUUGGAAAACAAUUGUCUUGCCCGUGCACUUUUUGGUAAGUGCGUUGGUCUGCUGGCAUCCUUUAUACAUUUUAUCCAUGUGAAAAAUGAUUUAUGGGUUCUCGCUCUAUCUCUUUUGAUCUUCUCUUUUUUAGGUCGCGAAGAACAGCGCCUAAAUCUAGACUGGCCCACAAGAAAGAAGAUAUGCUUAGGAAUAGCAAGGGGCUUGGCAUAUCUUCAUGAGGAAUCGAGGUUGAAAAUUGUACACAGAGACAUAAAGGCUACCAAUGUGCUGCUUGAUAAAUAUCUAAAUGCUAAGAUAUCAGACUUUGGUCUGGCUAAGCUUGAUGAAGAGGAGAAUACUCAUAUCAGCACCCGAAUUGCUGGAACAAUGUGA